AUGAAGUUUCUCCUGGGAAAUGCCUCUUUAACCUUAAACCCUAAGAGCAGCAAACUAGCGACCAAGGUUCUUCUACCUUUGAUCCAUCUAAUCCUGGUUAAACCCUUCUCUCAAUCCACCUCCAUUCCCACAAAACAGGAGCGAGUUCGUGACCAUGGCUACGACAAUUACAUGGAAGUCGAGAAGAAAAUCCGCAAAGUCGUCAAAUUUCACAGCCUCAUCCUCUCUCAGCCCAACAACACCAUCCCAAUCUCUCUCCUGGACACGCUCGCUCGCCGUCUCGGCCUCGGCCUCAAGCAGCACGAGCCCGGCGCUUUCCUCCUCAAAUUCCCUCACGUCUUCGAGGUUUACGAGCACCCCGUUCAGAGAAUCCUCUACUGUCGCUUAACCCGAAAGGCCUUGGAUCAGAUCCGUCACGAGCACGAGGCUGUUCUCGCCCAGAUACCCGACGCCGUGACCCGCCUCCGGAAACUCGUGAUGAUGUCGAACACGGGUCGGAUCCGUCUUGAACAUGUCCGGAUCGCUCGAACCGAGUUCGGUCUCCCCGAGGACUUCGAGUACUCUGUGAUUCUGAAACACCCAGAGUUCUUCAGGCUCAUUGAUGCCGAAGAGACUCGGGAUAAGUACAUCGAGAUUGUGGAGAGAGAAGCUAGCUUAUCGACAUGCGCGAUUGAGAGAGUCAGAGAGAUUGAGUACAGGUCGAAAGGCAUCGACGCAGAGGAUGUUCGAUUCUCCUUCGUCGUGAAUUUUCCUCCUGGGUUUAAAAUCGGAAAGUACUUCCGAAUCGCUGUCUGGAAAUGGCAGAGGCUUCCUUAUUGGUCACCGUACGAGGAUAUCUCCGGUUACGAUUUAAGGUCGAUGGAAGCGCAGAAGAGACUGGAGAAGAGAGCCGUUGCCUGCAUCCACGAGCUGCUGUCUUUGACCGUGGAGAAGAAGAUAACGCUCGAGAGGAUCGCUCAUUUCAGGAACGUUAUGAAUCUGCCCAAGAAACUGAAAGAGUUUCUGCUUCAGCAUCAGGGGAUUUUCUACAUAUCGACUCGUGGGAACUACGGGAAGCUUCACACGGUGUUUCUAAGAGAGGCGUACAGGAGAGGGGAGUUGGUGGAACCGAAUGAUGUGUAUUUAGCUAGGAGGAGGAUGGCUGAGCUUGUGUUGAUGAGCCCUAGAAAGGCCAAGGUCGAUGCAGAGCUGGUUCAUUACAGAAAUCGGUUGGACGAUGAAGAUGAUAUCGAGUGA